CCUGCAGGGGCGGUCCCAGGAGGCUGCCGGGCUGAGUGAACUGCAGGCCCGCCGCAGGCCCAGGGCGCCACCAUGGUGCUGGAGCCCCCGCGGGCGUGGGGACCGCUGCAGCAGCAGAAGCGGCUGAAGAGGAACGGUGGCUGAGGCCAGGUUCUCCGGAUCGUGGGCCCGCGAUCCCUCGCCGUACCCGAGCCCCGAUCCCUCCUCCCUGCCUUCCCGGGGCGCCGAGGCGACACCGCCGGACCAUGCGCGCCCACGGCCGCACAGGAGGCUGAGCCCGCCGCCCCGCGCUCUGCUCGCACCCUCACGGCCGUCCCCGAUGGCCUUGCCGGGCGCGGAGGGCGCAGCCGACAGGCCGGUAUCCCCGGCCCCAGGCGCCCCCGCCGGCUCCGCAUCGUCGUCGUCCGCCUCCUCCAGUGGCUCGGCCUCGGCGGGCGUGGGGCUGUGGGCCGCGCUGUACGACUACGAGGCGCGCGGCGAGGACGAGCUGAGCCUCCGGCGCGGCCAGCUGGUGGAAGUGCUGUCCCAGGAUGCCGCCGUGUCCGGCGACGAGGGCUGGUGGGCCGGCCAGGUGCAGCGGCGCCUGGGCAUCUUCCCAGCCAACUACGUGGCGCCGUGCCGCCCGACCGCUCUCCCAGUACAGCCACCCUCCAGCUCACCACCGCGGCCCGGCUCGCCCGUGCACGUCGACUUUGAGCGCCUUGAGCUCAAGGAGCUCAUCGGCGCCGGCGGCUUCGGGCAGGUGUACCGAGCCACCUGGCAGGGCCAGGAGGUGGCGGUGAAGGCGGCGCGCCGGGACCUGGAGCAGGACGCGGCAGCGGCGGCCGAGAGCGUGCUGCGGGAGGCGCGGCUCUUCGCCAUGCUGCGGCACCCCAACAUCAUCGAGCUGCGCGGCGUGUGCCUGCGGCAGCCCCACCUCUGCCUGGUGCUCGAAUUCGCUCGCGGAGGAGCGCUCAACCGCGCGCUGGCGGCCGCCAACGCUGCCCCGGAUCCGCGCGCCCCCGGCCCGCGCUGCGCGCGCCGCAUCCCCCCGCACGUGCUGGUCAACUGGGCGGUGCAGAUCGCGCGCGGCAUGCUCUACCUGCACGAGGAGGCCGUGGUGCCCAUCCUUCACCGGGACCUCAAGUCCAGCAACAUUUUGCUGCUGGAGAAGAUAGAGCACGAUGACUUCUGCAGUAAGACGCUGAAGAUCACAGACUUCGGCCUGGCGAGGGAGUGGCACCGGACCACGAAGAUGAGCGCGGCCGGCACCUACGCCUGGAUGGCCCCGGAGGUCAUCAAGUCCUCCCUGUUUUCUAAGGGGAGCGACAUCUGGAGCUAUGGCGUGCUGCUGUGGGAGCUGCUCACGGGGGAGGUCCCCUAUCGUGGCAUCGACGGUCUCGCUGUGGCUUACGGUGUGGCAGUCAACAAGCUCACCUUGCCCAUUCCCUCCACCUGCCCGGAUCCCUUCGCCAAGCUCAUGAAAGAAUGCUGGCAGCAAGACCCUCAUAUUCGUCCGUCAUUCGCCUUAAUUCUCAACCAGCUGACCGCUAUUGAGGGGGCGGUCAUGACCGAAAUGCCUCAGGAAUCUUUUCACUCCAUGCAAGACGACUGGAAGCUGGAAAUCCAGCAGAUGUUUGACGAGCUGAGGACAAAGGAGAAGGAGCUGCGGUCCCGCGAGGAGGAGCUGAGCCGAGCCGCCCUGCAGCAGAAGUCGCAGGAGGAGCUGCUGAAGCGGCGGGAGCAGCAGCUGGCAGAGCGCGAGAUCGACGUGCUGGAGCGCGAGCUCAACAUCCUCUUAUUCCAGAUGAACCAGGAGAAGCCCAACGUCAAGAGGAGGAAGGGCAAGUUCAAGAAGAGUCGCUUAAAGCUCAAAGAUGGACAUCGGAUCAGCUUACCCUCAGAUUUCCAGCACAAAAUAACCGUGCAGGCGUCUCCCAACCUGGACAAGCGGAGGAGUCUGAACAGCAGUGGCUCCAGCCCGCCCAGCAGCCCCACCAUGAUCCCGAGGCUCCGGGCCAUACAGUUGACUUCGGAUGAAAGCAAUAAAACUUGGGGACGCAACACCGUCUGUCGACAGGAAGAAUUUGAGGAUGUAAAGAGGAAUUUCAGGAAGAAAGGCUGCACCUGGGGACCAAAUUCAAUUCAAAUGAAGGAAAGAGCCGACUGCAAGGAAAGAAUAAGACCUCUCUCAGAUGGCAACAGCCCUUGGUCAACUCUCUUAAUAAAAAAUCAGAAGACUGUGCCACUGACGUCAUUAUUUGUGGACCAGCCAGGUGCUUGUGAAGAACCAAAACCCCCCGCUGACGGAUCAGAGCCCAGAAAACCAAAGCAGACCAAACUGCCCGGCCCAGCCAAUGUGGAUUCCCCUCUGGGGAGAGAUGGCCAGAGAGAGAACCCUCUGGAAGCGGAGAGCUGGGAGGAGGCCCCCUCUGGGAGCCCUGCUGCGGGCACUCCACAGGUGACCCCCAGCAGCAGUCUGAGCAGGUCCCCAUGGAAGAGGACAGAGUCUGCCCUGUACAGCUGCACCGUGCUGCUGGCCUCCGUGGCGCUGGGCCUGGAUCUCAGAGAGCUGCCCAGAGCACAGGCUGCGGAGGAGCCCCAGGAAGAGAGGAGGAAACGGGAGGGAUUCCUGCAGCGAGCGCCCAGGCCCCGCACCACUGAUCGCCCCCGGCCAAUGCCCGACGGUGAGGGGCCCCGAGGCCCAGCCUUGCUACCCUCGCCUGGUGCCCUUGGCCUGCUGACCAGGCCUUCCCUCUCCACGAGGUGCUUGCUGCAGAUGGAGGGCACGGACUCCUUCGAGGGCAGUGUACAUGGCACUCUGGACCCCCAUGCGCCCCCUGCAGAGGUCCGCCCCACCUCUGGAAGGGGCUGUCCCCAGCCCAGCUCUGCACCAAGGCGAGAGUCCGAUGGCUGUGUGUGGAAACCGAGACCCCCCUGCCCGCCCUCCUCACAGCAGACCCGUGGGCAUGCGCCUCCCUGGGCUUCUUCCAUGGAAAGGGCAGCGCGUCACCGGCGGACCGUGUCUGACGGAAGUGCUGCUCAGGCCCCAGCUGGUGCCACGAGAGCCUCUGCCCCGCCCCCUGAGCAGGUGUGGGGGCUGCCCCUUUCCCUCUCUGGUCCUCGCAGCGACCUGCCCUGCGAGGCCUCGCCUGGAAGACAAACAACGGUCACCACCGUGCCUCUGCCUCGGGCCCCCCCACUAAGAGACCCCUCAGAUCCCCCCCAGGCCUUCCCAGGGAGAACAGAGCCUGGGCCGGCCCAGGCCAACCCUGGCCUGGGUGAUGGGGGACCACCCCCUCACUCUUCCCUCGGUGCCAAGGACAGAACUAUACUGCACGUGCCUUCCUUACUGGACGCGGACACGGAGGGCCAGAGCGGCGACUGCACGGUGCCCUUGUGCAGGAUGAAGAGCAGAACCAGCCCGCCCACCCUCUACCAGCUGGAGAAGGAAUUCCUUUCUUAAGUGCCUUACCUUGUUCAAGCAUUUCUUCUUUUUUUUUAAAGAUGAACAAAUUAAAACACUGUGUCUACCUUUGAACUGUUUUAUGCUGCUGUGUUUUCCAAAGCUGUGGCCAUGUGCGUACAACAGGAAUGGAUGGCCAACAUCUCAAACAAUGGACGUGAUGGCUGUAAACUAUCCACAUAGAUUGUUUUUCCCUUGGGAGUCCCCCUGCUAACCUGUACUGCCUGCCGGUGUGACGCAGGAAGUGCGCGGCACGGCAGAGCCCUGCUGGGGCGCUCCCCGGAAGCACAGCUGUGUGCGGCUCUUGUCCUUGUAGCCCGGCUGUUCCUGGGGGGCGGAGUGAGGUCUGGAUCCCUCCCGCCUCCCCGCCUUCCUUUGUUUUACUUCUCCUUUCCUUCUCCCUUUUCUUGCUCUGUCUCUGUGUCUAUCUCUACCUCUACCCCUAUCUCUACCCCUACCUCUGUCUCUGUUUCUCUUUUGUGCAACAAAAAGCCCAGAAGAAAAAUGUGAUAUUACUAAGUAAAGGUGUCUACUUUUGAAAAAUGGAUAAUUAGAAUAGAUACAAUGUCCUAUUUAAAGUACCUAGACCUCACUGUAGGUUUAUAACACGUAAAUAUUUCCAAUUCCCGCCUAAAUUGUGCACUAUUUCUCUCUUGGAGGAAAAUCUACUGAAUGUAACUUGUAAAAGUUUUCCUGAAUGUAACUUAUAAAAAUUUUAACCAUUCGAACUCCAGAAGAGAUUUUUACGAGAUCAGUCACUGACAUUUGGCUAAGACCGUGUGUGUGGACACACGGUUGGUACCGGUGGAAAGGAUGCUUCCUCCUUCAGUGGCCGUUCGCCUGGCCCUCAGGAUGUGAAGCCUUUCCAUUCUGAAGCAGAAUUUUUAAAAGUUGACACAUACAUCCUGUAUUGUAAACAUUCGUGUCAUUGAAUUUCAUUUUUCUCUAUUUAAAUGCAGAACUAUGUUAAUAAAUCCAGGUACAGUAGGUAGAGAGAGAUAUGGCCGAGUCACUAAGCAGCGGCACCGUGAGAACUUGAGUAGUAUGUCGUCGUUCACACUGAGCUUAACUGUGAAUGAAAUGUGGGACAUCUGUUGUGGUAAGCUGCUAUGGCGGAAAGGACAAAUGUAUUACAGAUUAAUUUCAGAUAUGGGUUUAUAACAUGGAUUUUGGAAUAGCAGAUCAAGAUUUUCACUGAUUUCACACUGUAAGUGAGCCACUUAGAAAUCAUGCAGAGACCCCCGAGUCACAAAACAACAGAAGUCGUUCCCCAGGAGCUUGCAAAUUGGUCGGGGUUUCUCCUGCCAAGUCUGUUUCCUUCCCCUUCUGUUACUGGAAUGUGGUCAUUCAGAUGACAGACAAUGGAUAUUUAAGUUUGUCCAUACAAUGAAAAACUAAAUGACAAAUCUCAAUUGAUAUGUUCUUUAGAAUCUUACCCUCUUUAAGGUUUACUGAGUAACCGAGAUGUCAGCCACUGAAAUGAAAUCAGGGGUGAUAGAACACUUGCCCGUAGAAAUCAUGAAAAAUCCUACUCGGCCACUUGGGAACACCUCCGUCACCUUGCAGGUGUGUGGCCAGCAGAUGACAAAACGAGUGCAGAAGGAGCAGAGGGACAUGUUGCUCUAAAGAACACAAUCUUGUAUUUAAGAUUCUUGCAGAAAAAUCUCAGGUACUUACUGUGUUUUGUUGGGUUAUCGUCCACCCUAGGAUUUGGCUUUACUUUGGAGGGAUGUUGAAUUAGGCCAUCGAUUAGGUUUCCUGAAAAUUUUAUCACAUUCAGAACUGUGGUUGGCUGCUUUGUUCUCUGUCAUUCGGGGGCAUGUAACGUCCAGCGGAAAGGAAAUACGUGCCUGAAACAACACAUGUCAGUAGUACAGACACUGGGUGCUCGGUUUGCUUCCACCAAAAUGCCACGUGGAGGGUGGCCUGGAGGGGGUCUGUCUGUCUCCCCCCUCUGCUCCUCUUCCUGUUUUGCUUAAUUCUAGUCAAAUCUGUGCCUGAUGAAUUUAUAAUUGAAGCCAUUUAGAAAGAUAAUUGCAAUACAAGGAUUCACUCUCACAUGUUACUAUGAACAGCUGUUUUUCUGCUGAAAUCUAUUGUACAUUGCGAUUUCCUCUGUAUCUACUUCCUAGGAUCUGGUUAUUUAUUUCCAUACUGACUUCCUAGCUCACUGCAAGGUGAUUAAACCGACUAGUCCACAGGGAAGGUGCUCUCCUGCACAGGGGUGAGGCCCGGCCUGAUGCUGGGUCAUGGAGCCUCGUGAGUGAAAACGAUGUUUACAUUUGUUGUCUAUUUUUUUAAUAAACUUCUUUUUAUGGCUA